AUGGCAGCUCAUGGGGCAGCAACUCACCUUACAGCAGGUCCGAUGGCAAUCUCAGCACCGCUACCGGGUGAUGCAUUACGCGAGUAUGAGAAAAUUCUAACUAUCAGCGAUGAGAUAUUCUCGGGCUCCCAUCCCCGGCUCAAGGUGCCCCAGCACCUCGUGCGCAAACCCGCAUCGCGCAACGGUCAAAAUGCCCCUGUCCGGCCUCAGUUGCCCAAACCAGCACCGCCGAGGUCUAUCGUGGAAAAGGUGCCUCCACUUGAGACCAAUCAACCUUACAAUAGCUCGCACACUACCCCGGCUGCUCUAUCUGCAGCACCACCGUCUGCUCGUUUGGCUUCAAAGCCUACUUCUGAGAUUGAUCCAAUCUUUUUGACCAAGUCCGAUGACUUGGUUCGAGCAGAACUCCAAUUACAAAGACAAAGAGUGGAGAGACAACUGCGUGAUCAAGUGGAAUUGAGGAGGAUGGAGACCAAGCAGAAAACUGCGGUCCAGGAUACAAAGCCUGAAUUUGACGUCUCGGAGGUUUUCAAACAGGCACUUGAGGUGGUGAAACCUGUCUCGCUGUGUGAUUCGUCAGAGGCCAGUGGCCCUGAUGGUCAGGCAAGCGACUUUGACAACAACUCAUAUUACUCCAGUAGAGCUCCUGAUUCGCCUUUGCAGGCUGGAGGGCAGCAAAAAUCUUCCCCUGUGGCUAUUGUUCCACCUGCAGGCCCUGCUCAGCAUGGCCCAGUAGCCCAUUAUCCAGAUGAGUUGCAGCGACUCGAAGCUCUGAACCAACCUGGAUCUGAUCAGGAAAUGCAAGAUGCUUACCAUGUUGCUGACCAGCGUCCCAUGUAUACUCAGACUCAGUCCCGCCACCAGAAAGCAGAGGAUCCCAACCCAUACCGCGAGUCACCGCAGAUUGAGGCCGCAGAUGACUCCGAGUACUCCCCGCCUGCUCCCGCGGCGCCCUUGUCCGAAGCUCACGACUACCCUCGUGAGAUAGAAAGUGGAAGACAACUCAAACCAGAUGUUAGAUACAUCGAGCUACCUCGUGGCCCCCGCAAACCUCCUUCCCCUGCGAACGUGAGGGUGGUUCAGAAUCACAUCACAUCACCGGCAGCUCCCCGGCCAUCUCGCGUCUCUCCUCUUGCUACGGCCAAGGUCCCUCCUGUACAGCACCUCCGCGAUGAAAGAAUCGAACAUGCUUCCGAACAAGUGUACUCCGAUCCUGAUUCUGCUCGGGGCAGUCCAGCAAAUGCCCCAACCCCGGUUAUCAUGUCUCGCAAGCGGCGCAGACUCCGUGAAGGUGGUGCAGAACCCCGCCAUGCUUCUCAGAGGACAAGAAAUGCAGAGCCCGUGGAGACAUACAUCAAAGAGGAACCUGUCUCACCGCCACCUUUUGCAGACGAUCUUACCACUAGUCGUAACCGACACGCUCAAGAUCGCCCCAUUUACAUUGAUGUGGCUUCUCCCCAAUAUGCUCCCGUGUAUGAAAAUCGAGGUCCACCAAUUCGAGAACCGGUGUACGAAAUUGAUCCGUACCACGAGUUUCCAUCAGACUCAGGUCCUCCACGCACAAUCUCUCGACUUAGUACCCGACGGCCAAUUCGAGAGGAUGCAGAUCUUCGACGGGUCGCCAGUUUGCAAUAUGCCCGGCAAUCAGACUAUCCUCGUGAGUAUAUGGAGGCCCCGCCACGUCCAAUGCGGGCAACAUCGUAUGUUGUGGAGCGCCCGGUGCAGGAGCGACCCAGGUAUUACGAAGAAACCCCUUCUUACCCCCAGCACCGUUACAUCCACGUGGAUGAUAUGCCACCACCAACCUAUCGGGAGCCUUAUUACGAGGAAGCACCACCACCACCACCACCACGGAUCAUGGCGCCUCAACGUCGGAUCGUGUACGAUGAACAUGGGAACCAAUACUACGAGGUUCUCCCGGCACCAAGAUACCAGCCAAUGGCUCCCCCACCACGACCCAUCUCUCAGAUGUCCAAGACCAAUGUCUAUGAUGACCAAACUCCGCACCAUAAUGCCAGUGUUCGCGCGCCCUCGGUUGUCCAAGACCCAUACGUUGAACGCCGCUAUGUACAGGAGAUGCCCCCACCCCAACCAAUCUACAGACGAGUUGCAACAGACUAUGGUCGUCCCGUAUCUCGCGCUCACGAAAGACAACCCUAUGCAACUCCCUUGGAAGGCCACGAGCCUUACUCACGCAGCGGCAGUGUUCAAGUAGAAUAUAUUCCCCCUCGCCACCCAGCUUACCUCGAUGAGCGCGGCAUUCCCCAAGAGAGAGUGAUUCGAACAACCAGUGUUUAUCCUCCCCAGCCUCGAUAUGAGGAGCCGCAUGAAGUUGUCCAGCGGGUUGGCAGUAUGCGUCCAUCUCUACCGGGUCGUGAAGUCAGUGUUUUGAUGGAAGACAGACCGGUGGGAGAGUACGUCGAGAGACCAUACUACAUCAGAGACAGACGCUAUUAUGACGCUGAAGGUGAAGAGGGAGAUCGCAUUGCAUUGGAUGGCGCAAAUGAUACGGUCCAGCGAGUUCGGCAUUACCAGUAG